AUUGUAGAGAUACUCUUCUGUUAAAGAUCCUUUUCAACAUUCAUCAUUGGCUUCAAAGUUCAGGUCUUUCGUUUCCUUGCCCCAUACUUAUUUAUUGUUUCAUUACCUGCCACUUUCUUGCAUUUGUCCUGUUAAAGAGUCCACCAUGGCUGUUUAAUAUUUAAAGGCUGGGAUCAUUUGCAGGUUUUAGUUUAAAGGUAACCAUAGCACAUGCACACACAUUCAUUAUUAAUAGCUGAGACGCACUGUAAGUUCUUAGGAAUCUUCUUUCGAUGUUAGUUUCACAUGGGUGCUGCUGCUGCGAGAAUGAGGCUCUGAUAUUGCUAUGUGGCAAGGGGACUAAUGCAAUAACACUGAUCCAGAGAUUAUGUGAAUUGUUUAUGUGGGUGGAAGUGAUCAUGCUAAAAAGGGACAUAAAGCCAGAAAAUGACAGGCCACGGAAAGUCCGGUUUCGGAUCGCGUCAUCUCACAGCGGGCGAGUUCUGAAGGAAGUGUAUGAAGAUGGGCAACCAUCAGGCUCCCUGGAUUCUGAAUGUGCCAGCAUCUGUGGGGUAGAUGGACUGAGUGAGUCUGAUGGACAGCAAAACGGCCACAUAGGAUCAGAAGGUGAUGAGUAUGAGAGCGACCAGGAUAACUUGCUGGUGUUAGCGAGGGCUGCCAGUGAGAAGGGUUUUGGUACAAGAAGAGUCCACAUUUUAAGCAAAAAUGGCACAGUCAGAGGCGUCAAGUACAAAGUGAGUGCCGGCCAAGCUCUAUUUAACAAUUUGACCAAAGUAUUGCAGCAACCAUCAACUGACCUAGAAUUUGACCGUGUAGUGAUUUAUACCACUUGCCUUCGUGUUGUACGAACAACCUUUGAAAGAUGUGAACUGGUUAGAAAGAUCUUCCAAAACCAUCGAGUAAAAUUUGAAGAGAAAAACAUAGCUUUGAACGGUGACUAUGGAAAAGAGCUAGAUGAGCGAUGCCGGCGUGUUUCUGAAGCUCCUUCCCUCCCUGUCGUGUUCAUUGAUGGCCAUUACCUUGGGGGUGCUGAGAAAAUUUUGUCAAUGAAUGAAUCAGGAGAACUGCAAGACCUCUUAACCAAAAUUGAGAGAGUGCAGCAUCCACAGGAGUGUCCCUCCUGUGGAGGCUUUGGCUUUCUUCCGUGCUCCGUGUGCCAUGGGAGCAAGAUGUCAGUGUUUCGAAACUGCUUUACAGACUCUUUCAAAGCUUUGAAGUGCACUGCUUGCAACGAGAACGGCCUUCAACGCUGUAAGAGCUGUGCUGGUUAGCCGGAGAUCUCACCCAGGGAGAGCCUCGUUUUAUUAACUAAAGUCAAUCAUAUGGUUUAUACGUGUUUUUAUUUUUAACUGUCAUGUUUAUGAGUUAAUCAAUAAACUUUGUUUAGUAUAAUUGCCUUUGUUUUCAAUUUUUGCUGUGGCCAUUUUCAUUGACUCAUGAAAUAAACGUUUGUUUAACACCGAUUUGCCAUGCCCUUUGCUAGACCCUGGCUUCUCAUUGAAAUUAGUGGAGUACCCAGUACCCUUUCAGGAUAUCCAAACUCUGAUUUGUUAAACGUGUUUGAGUUUCUAAAGAAAAGACUCACUGUAUGUAAUAGUGCCAAUUGCAAUGUCACCCUUUUGUCUAGAAGGAGUUACUCCAACUCCCUAGAUGCAUAACUCAUUUCUGUGUGUCUCAGCUACAGAGAAGAAAAGAGCUCUGGACAGUGGAAAAAAAUAUGGUCAUAUUUAUACUUAGAAUUUUUUAAAGCUGUAAAAUAGUCUUAAAGAUGAUAACAUUAGUGACAAAUCACUAAUGUUAUCAGGUGGAUUUCUUGGUGAUGAUGUAAAAGUUGCCAGAAGACUUAUCUGGAUUUAGUUUUGUAACAUUUGCUUUGUGCUAUUGUCACUGAAAACCCUUUAAAAAGGUGCUGUUGUCAGGGGUGCCUGGGUGGGUCAAUUGGUUAAGCGUCUGACUUUGGCUCAGGUCACUAUCUUGUGGUUCGUGAGUUUGAGCCCUAUGUUAGGCUCUUUGCUGACAGCUCAGAGCCUAGAGCCUGCUUUGGAUUCUGUGUCUCCCUCCCUCUCUGCUCCUCCUCCAUGCACACUCUCUCUCAAAAAUAAGUAAACAUUAAAAAUUUUAAAAAAAUAAUAAAAAACAAAAAGCUGCGACUGUUUGCACACAUAGGCAAUGUUAGUAAAGUGGACAAAAAGAAAUUAUGUUAUAAAUAUUGGACACCCCAGUCCAUGUGUCUGUAUUCUGACGGAUUCUCUUAUGAAUGACCUUAAUAAACCACAUUCUCAAUAUUUGUGAAAAGGUAAUCAAAACAUUUUACACCUCAGUAUUGUAAAAAGAUACAAAUUCUUACUGAGUACUUACUAAUCAGUGAGGCACAGUAUAGGGUAUGGUUUUGGUUUCAUGCAGUGUAUACUCUAAGAAGGAAGGAAGUAUUAAACAAAUAACUGUAAACAGGAUGAGUCUUAGACCACAAAUGAUCUAGUGUACUAUGGGAAUGAUAGCAGAUGGACCAACUUAGGUGAGUUAGAAAUGGAAAGAAACGACUUCGUUGAGCAACUGAUGUUUAAACUCAUGCAUGAAGGGUAAUCAGAAAUAAGUUAGCCAAAGAGGAAGGGGGAUUGUGCGUCAAGUAAAGGAAUAGCACAUGUGGAGUCCCAGAGGUCAGAAAAAAGUUGUGUGUUUGAGGAAUUGUAAGAAAUCCAAUAUGGGGGAUUAUAAUUGGUAACAGUGGAACAGUUUAUAGCAGACGAAGCCUCCUACUAAUAACACAUUUAUUUGGAACGAAAUAAUGAAAAAUAAACAACUGUUGAAGG